CUCCCUCGGACCCAAAAACAAGAAAAAAACAAAACAAAACCGACCUCGCGCCGCUCUGUCGAGUCGAGGAUUUGGUGGUCCAAACCCUAUAAAUCCGCCCAAAUCUCUUAUUAAAUCCCCGUACAUCCACCGUCCGCAACAUUCUCUGUCCGCCCAUACCAUGUCUGUCUAUACCAACGGGGCAGCAGCAGGUGACCCAAUCCCACCGGAGGUCACCCGAAACUGUACGUGCCCGGAGCAGGAGAGCUUCAACAAGUUCUUCGAGGACUGGCUCGUCGAGCAAGACCGCCAUCUCCAAGAACUCAUCGCCGCUUCCAGAGACGACUCGAUCCGAGGAAACGAAGAGGAUCGCCUCCGCCCUCUCAUCAACCGCGUCAUCAGCCAUUACGACCACUACUACCACGCCAAGUCCAUGUCAGCAAGGUACGAUGUUCUCUCCAUGAUCUCCCCUACGUGGACGAGCACGCUCGAGGACGCCUUCCUUUGGAUAGGAGGCUGGCGCCCGAGCAUAGCCUUCCAUCUCCUCUACUCCAAGGCCGGCCUACAGCUCGAGGCCCAGCUUGCUGACCUCCUCCGCGGGCUGAGCUCUGGUGAUCUCGGCGAUCUGUCUCCGAGUCAACUCGUUCGGGUCGACGAGCUGCAGAGGAGUACGAUCAAGGAGGAGAGAAAGAUAACGGAGAAGAUGGCGAAGCAGCAGGAGACGGUGGCGGAUUCGACGAUGGUGGAGCUGUCGCACGUGGCGACGGAGAUGCUGGACGAAGGGAGAGUGGUGGAGGAGGGAGUGGAUACUGCGCUGGGGGAGAAGAAGGAAGGGUUGGAGAGGAUUCUGGAGAUGGCGGAUGAACUGAGACUGAGGACGCUGAGGGGCGUGAUUGAUAUCCUGGGACCGCUCCAGGCCGUCCAUUUCUUAAUUGCUGCUGCGGAGCUACAUCUACGGAUUCACGAGUGGGGGAAGAGAAGGGAUGGGGCGGGAAGAAACCACCACUGAUUUGAAAGAGGGAUUUUCCGCAUCUUCGCUUUGGCAUGUAGUUCUAUUUUGUGCGCCUCCUAGUUUUUUUUUUUUUUUUUUUUUUUUAAAGGCUGGUAGAAUGAUAGUUGGGUCCAUCUUUCUUGGAAUUUUAGUCCUUUUUACUAUAGUUUUGAUGUAUUACUACUCCCGUUUAUUAUAAUAGAGUGGGACUUUUCGUAAUUUCAGUGUACGUGGGUGUGGAGAGGAUAAUCUGUCACUUAAAAAUUACUAAGAAAUUGCAUACUUGGAA